UUGUCUCAAACUCAAAACAUCUAAACAUCUAGCUAGCUACCAAACACAAAUUCUAUAUAUCAAAGAGAAGAAAAAAGAAAUUCCAAGAUGUAUAAUCUUUGGAUUAAUUUGUUAGCAACAGGAACUAUCUUCUUAGUAAUCAUCAUCAUCAUCAUUUUUCAUAAAAAAAAUUUCUUCAUCAACCAUAGAGUGAAAGGAUACAAAAGAAACAUGAAGAUUUCACUUCCUUUGGGAAAUCUUGGAUGGCCAUUCAUUGGAGAAACCUUAGAGUUCAUUUCUUGUGGUUACUCUCAUUCUCCUGAAUCCUUUAUGGACAAGCGGCGCAACAUGUAUGGAAAAGUGUUCAAGUCACAUAUAUUUGGAAGUCCAACAAUAAUUUCAACUGAUGCAGAAGUUAAUCGAAGUAUUCUUCAAAGUGAUGCAAAGACUUUUGUGCCCUCUUAUCCAAAAUCCCUAACUGAAUUAAUGGGAAAAUCUUCCAUUUUGCUAAUUAAUGGAAGUUUACAAAGGAGAAUCCAUGGUCUCAUUGGAGCUUUUUUCAAAUCUCCUCAUGUUAAAGUUCGAAUUACACAUGACAUGCAAAAAUAUGUUCAACAAUCUAUGGCUAAUUGGCAAGAAAAUUGCCCUGUCUACAUCCAACACCAAGCUAAAAAUAUUGCUUUCCAAGUACUAGUCAAAGCAUUGAUUGGCAUAGAUCCAGGUGACAAAUUGGAGCUUUUAAGGAUCCAAUUUCAAGAAUUCAUUGCUGGUCUUAUGUCUUUGCCAAUUAAUUUCCCUGGAACUACACUUUACCGCUCUUUAAAGGCAAAAAAGAGAAUGGUGAAGUUGAUACAAAGUAUUAUCCAAGAAAAGAGGGAGAAGAAUGUCAUGUCAACAGUAAAUGAGGAUGUAGUUGACGUUUUGAUAAAUAAUACAAGUGAAGAACUAACAGAUGAAUUAAUAUCUGAUAACAUGAUUGACUUGAUGAUACCUGGUGAAGAUUCAGUACCUGUUCUAAUAACUCUUGCUAUUAAAUACCUUUCAGAUUCUCCUGUUGCUCUCCAACAAUUGACGGAGGAGAACCUGACACUAAAGAGGCUGAAAGAGAAGCAAAGAGAAACACUAGUAUGGAGUGACUAUCUAUCAUUACCAUUUACACAAAAUGUGAUAUCAGAGACAUUAAGGCUUGGGAACAUAAUAAUAGGAGUAAUGAGGAAAGCAGUAAAAGAUGUGGAGAUAAAAGGAUAUUUGAUUCCAAAAGGAUGGUGUACUUUUGCUUAUUUUAGAUCAGUUCAUCUUGAUGAUAAUCUCUAUGACUUCCCUUAUCAGUUUAAUCCCUGGCGCUGGCAAAAUAAGGACAUAAAUAAUAGUUACUUCACUCCCUUUGGAGGUGGACAAAGGUUGUGCCCUGGGAUUGACCUUGCUAGGCUGGAAGCUUCUAUCUUCCUCCAUCACUUUACUACACAAUUCAGAUGGGUGGCUGAAGAGGAUUCAAUUAUCAAUUUUCCCACUGUAAGAAUGAAGAGGGGAAUGCCUAUUCACAUUAAAAGAAGAGAGAGCAGUAGCUCCAUCAUGCAACAACAUCAAUAUGUGCAUUAGAAAAAGACAGUCGACAGUCCAGUGCACUAAAACUGAACUAGAAAGAUUUAUUAUACGCUUCUUUACUUUACAUUAGAAGAAUAUAUAAUACAUAUGAAAGACAGUAGAAAAAAGCAGUUGUUGGUUAAUUUUGAAAUAUACUUGUAGAGGGAAAAUAUUUGAAGUUGAUGCAUUUUUCAUCUUCCAAUUGUAAAAAAAUUUGCUAUGUAUUUAGAUGACUUAACUUUUAGGAGGACCCAUUAAACAUUUUUACUUGUAUUCCACUUUGAUGUACAAGCAUAGUAAAAGAGAACUGAAGGUGAUUAAA